CUACAUGAUUCGUUGACGAAUUGUUUCACCGAAUGCAAGAGCAAGAGUCGGUGGCAACCGCGAAUCGGCCCUUCUUCUCCCCGCACCUGCACCGGUCCUCGUCCUCGGCAAACACUUGACAGGCCACGCCCACUUCUUUCACUCCUUCCGUGUUUACGCUGUCGAGGGCGUGCAGGGCACGUCGCCCUGGGACCCUUUCGAGGCUGAGACCCUCUCUCUGUGGCGUUGCAGGCGAUGUGAGCGGCGCCAGGGCGGCGGAGGAGGGUGCAGAAGCAGCAGCCAGGAGGAUGCCGUUCCGCAAGGGCUCGAAGCGCUUCCCGGUCAAGCUGACGACGCUGACCGACGAGCUGGACAGCAAGGCCACCGGCCGCGCCCUGCUCGAGCUGGCCUGCCAGUUGAUCGGCCUGCGAGAGGUCUGGUACUUCGGUCUGCAGCUGGAGAAGGCGCCCGCCGCCAGCUGGAUGCACAUGGACAAAAGGGUGCGCGACCAGGUUAAAGCCGCCGACCAGCCAGGCCUGCCCGUCAGGGUCGUCCUGCUCGCCAAGCUCUACCCUGAGAACGUGGCCGAGGAGCUGCUCCAGGAGAUCACCCAGCACCUGUUUUUUCUCCAGGUGAAGCAAGCGAUUUUAUGGAUGGACAUCUACUGUCCGCCCGAGACUUCAGUAUUACUGGCGUUGUACGCGGUGCAGGCGCAGUACGGCGACUACGAUGACCAAACCUACCAGCCAGGGAUGAUCUCAGGCACCGAUUUACUUCCUCACAGGGCGAUCAGUCAGUACCAGAUGACGCCGCAGAUGUGGGAGGAGCGGAUCAAGACGUGGCACGCCGACCACCGCAGCAUGGCGUUCGCCUGGACCGAGAUCCGCAACGUCAGCUACGAGGACAAACGCUUCACCAUCAAGCCCGUGGACAAGAGCGCCUCGAAUUUCGUCUUCCACUCCACCAAGGUCAAGAUGAACAAGCUCAAUCUCGACCUGUGCGUCGGCAACCAUGACAUGUUCAUGCGCAGACGCAAGCCGGACACCGUCGACGUCCAGCAGAUGAAGGCCCAGGCCCGAGACGAGAAGAUCCGCAGACAGAUCGAGCGGAACAAGUUGGCAAAGGAGAAGCAAUUGCGCGAGGCGGCCGAACGGGACAGGUCGACGUUGGAGGAGCGGCUGCUGCAGUAUCAGGAAGAAAUCAGGUUGGCCAAUGAGGCUCUGCACCGCUCCGAGGAGACGGCCGAGCUGCUGGCCGAGAAGUCCCGCGUCGCCGAGGAGGAGGCCAUGCUGCUCAGCCAGAAGGCCGCUGAGGCCGAGCAAGAGGUGAGUUAA